AUGAGAAAUCAGUCAUGGUUAAUUUAUAAAACCUGCUGUGAACGUGGCAGCAGCCACGUUGUGUUUAACAAGGGCACUCGGCACGAGAAACAUCCAGGUGUAAGGUGCCCACAGCUUGUGGAAGAGCUGAGUGGGGAAGAUGGAGGACAGAAGCUAUUCACUGUUAUGUUAGAAAGAAAAAAUGACACCUUGGGAUUCAAUAUUAUAGGAGGAAGACCAAAUCAGAAAAUUCCAGAAGAAUCAUCAACGGAAGGGAUUUAUGUUUCAAAAAUUUUAGAAAAUGGACCGGCUGACAAGGUUGAUGGACUGGAGAUUCAUGAUAAAAUCAUUGUGGUGAACGGGAAGGAUCUCUCCAAGGCCACCCAUGAGGAGGCAGUGGAGGCUUUUCGGAACGCCAAGGAGCCCAUCGUGGUGCAGGUGUUGAGGCGGACGCCGCUCCGCAGGGCCUCCUAUGGGACGGUACCGGACGUGCAGCUCAGGAACGCCAGCACGCAGACGGACAUCACCUUCGAGCACAUCAUGGCCCUGGCCAAGCUCCGGCCGCCCACGCCGCCCGUGCCGGACAUCUGUCCACUUCUGCUCUCAGACAGUUGCCAUUCUCUUCAUCCGGGGGAGCACGAACUUUAUGAAGACAAUGAGUACCUUUCCAGCCUGCCUGCAGAUGCAGACAGAACAGAGGACUUCGAAUAUGAGGAGGUCGAGCUGUGUCGCGUCAGCAGUCAAGAGAAGCUGGGCCUCACCGUCUGCUACCGGACGGAUGACGAGGAUGACACGAGCAUUUAUGUCAGCCAGGUGGAUCCAAAUAGCAUUGCUGCCAAAGACGGCCGAAUCCGAGAAGGGGAUCGGAUUCUGCAAAUAAAUGGGGAAGACGUCCAGAACCGAGAAGAGGCCGUGGCGUUGCUGGCGAGCGAUGAGUGUAAGAGAAUCGUGCUGCUUGUUGCAAGGCCAGAGAUUCAGCUGGAUGAAGGCUGGCUGGAAGAUGAAAGGAAUGAAUUCUUAGAGGAGUUAAACUUGGAGAUGUUGGAAGAACAGCACAAUGAAGCAAUGCGGCACACUGCCAACGAGGUGGAGCAGCCAAAAAAGCAAGAGGAGGAAGAAGGCACAACAGACACAGCGACAUCCUCCUCCAACAACCACGAGAAGGACAGCGGGGUGGGGCGCACGGACGAAAGCGUGCGCAACGAGGAGAGCUCGGAACAGGAGCAUGCGACCGAAGACCUUGGCGGCGCAUCUCUGACUAGCAGGAGAGAGCUGGGGCAGAGCCAGGGCACCCUGGGCAGCGUGGAGCUUCCAGGCAACGAGAGCUUUGUGUCUGGCGAGUAUGUGGACUCGGACUGUGUUGGCAACCACCACGAGGAGUGCAAACGCUUCCGGCAGCUCUUAGAGCUCAAAUGCAAGAUCCACAACCACAGCGGGUACGACCUGUACUACUCCAGCAGCACCGUCGAGUGCAACCAGGCAGAACAGGAAGGCGUGGAGCACGAGCUCCAGCUGCUGAAUGAGGAGCUGAGAAACAUUGAGCUGGAGUGCCAGAACAUCAUGCAGGCUCACAGGCUCCAGAGAGUGACAGACCAGUACGGGGACAUCUGGUCUCUGCACGAUGGAGGAUUCCGGAAUUAUAACACCAGCCUAGACAUGCAAAGAGGAAAACUAGAUGACAUUCUGGAGCACCCAGAAAAGUCAGACAAGGACAGCUCCAGUGCUUACAACACCGCGGAAAGCUGCCGAAGUACCCCACUCACAGUGGACCGCUCCCCUGACAGCUCUCUACCCAGAAUGAUCAAUCUAGCUAAUAAGAAAAACCUGCGCAGCACGCCGGCUGCCCACCAGUCCUCCUCAGGACAGAGCAGCAAGGGGUCGACCUCCCCCAGAGCCAAGGACACCGAGCAGGGGUGCAGCGUGGAAAGCCAGGCCAAGCUUAUGGAAAGCAGCAAGCUUCCCGAGCCUGAGAAGACAGCUUGCGAGCCCAUCCCUUAUCUCUCGCCCUACCACAGCUCCCCCUACAGGUGUGCCAACAUCCCGGCGCACGCCAGGCACUACCAGAGCUACAUGCAGCUGAUCCAGCAGAGGUCGGCCGUGGAGUACGCCCAGAGCCAGCUCAGCUUGGUGAGUAUGUGCAAGGACGCCCCGAAGGGCUCGGAGCCCAAGAUGGAGUGGAAGGUGAAGAUCAGGAGCGACGGCACCCGCUACAUCACCAAGAGACCAGUGCGGGACCGGAUUCUGAAGGAGCGCGCCCUCAAGAUCCGGGAGGAGCGCAGCGGCAUGACCACGGACGACGACACCAUGAGCGAGCUGAAGAUGGGGCGCUACUGGAGCAAGGAGGAGCGCAAGCAGCACGUGGUGCGCGCCAAGGAGCAGCGCCGCCGCCGCGAGUUCAUGCUGCGCAGCCGGCUGGAGGGCCCCCGCGAGGCGCCGCAGAGCCCGGGUGGGGGCGAGGCCCGCAGGGAGCUCAGCAUCCUCGAGCUGAGCCACAAGAAGAUGAUGAAGAGGAGAAACAAGAAGAUCCUUGACAACUGGAUGACAAUCCAAGAACUGAUGACCCACGGGGCCAAGUCUCCAGACGGCACCAGGGCGCACAGUGCCUUCCUGUCCGUCACCACGGUAUGACCCGCUGGGCCGGCGGCUGACCUGAGGAGGGUGCUCCCGCUUUGGGUAGCGUAUGCUUGCCUCGUUCAAUGUGGCGUUUUUAUACGCAUUGGGUGACUCUUUAUAGUUUCGAUUUUUUGUAAGCAAAAAUGAUAAUAAUAACCUGGUAAUUUUUAAUUUGGUUUUUCAUAUACUGGCACCUUCGUUUUGGGCUGAGGUCUUUCCUUAACUUGUGAUAUAUUCGUAUUACUCAUUUAUAAAAAAAAAAAACAAUAAAACAAAAAAGGAAGGAAACAAAGAUACUGAGGAACUAAUUAAUUUCCUAUUUUAAUGUAUCUAUUGUAAGUUAAAAUCUGGAUUUAUUUCUCUAGUUCACUUAUUUUCUACUUUAAUAACAACUCAGAGCCAAAACAUUUCUGUGUUGCCUCUUGGCAUAAUACAUAUUCAGUCAACCCUGUUAAUAAAUCACAGGACACAUCUUGUCUUAUACACACAAAAGAAGCUUUUUAACAUUCUUUUGUAUGAUUAACACAUAUAUGGCCGUUGUCUUUGUCCCUGUAAAGUGUGUAUAGGUGCACAAGCUGCCUGUGAUACGUAGUGACAUUGGUCAUGUAGCUAGACAAUUGUGGUAAUUGUGACAAGAAAAGAGAAAUAAAUUAUUGAUUAAGAAGAGUUAUGAAGGAGUGUUUUAUUUUCAUUGUCCACUGUGGUUAACAGAUAUAAAUUAGUUAUAUACGUACACUACUUAGCAGAGGCCUAAUUGUAGCUUACAGACUGCACAUUCUCUGUCACUUUUUGUAAAUGAAGGACUUCCUGUGGAUCACUGUGUCACAUAGUGCUUCCAGGGUCACAUUACAUAAUACACAUAUACUGUCACAUAGAUGCUAACAUUCAAUGUGCUGCCGGUGCCUACCACCUGUGUAAGGUAAAACUAAGAAAAAGAUGGAGAAAAUGGAUCACGAGGCAUCUGAGGUUGGUUACAAGAAUACAUUGUGUUUUUUGCUUGGUCUGUCAUAACUGAAGGCCAAGGCAUAACCAACAGAAAUUUGGUUCUCACAGUUCUAGCGUCUGGAAAACUCAAGAUCAAAUACACUAUAGGUUAGAAUUUCAACAUACAAAUUUAGAAGGGGCACAAUUCAGUCCACUGUGCUGACUACCUUUCUUAAGUUGAUAAUUCAGGAACAAAAUUUGGAGAACCAGCUUUGCAAGAAUGUGCGGCACAGUGAACUAAAAGUACCCCAUGUAUUAAACCCAGUUCUGUCGGCCAGAAUGCCUGCAGAGGGAAAGGCCGUGCAGACGUGUGUUGCAUGGAGUUUUCAUUCAGCCCCACAGGCUGUCCGGACAUAAUGGUUACCCAGCGUCUGACUGUUUCCAUACAUGCUUUCCCACAUAAAAUCCUCAGUGAUUCCCUAUAAUGCUCUUCAAUCUGACUCUGGUGCCUUGGCAUAAAGGGCAAGACCAUUGCCAAACCUUCCCGCCUUAUCUGCUGCUCCCCCUCAGAGCUUCUCGGAGCUACUCUCAGCUCUGUAACAUCUGCCCAUUUCCUUAAAGUUAUCAGAAGUUAUUCUCCUUGUGGAGUUUCUGUAGCAAGUCCUAUGCCUUGCUUAGUGUGGGACCACACAUACAUUUUCUACUGGGGCAUGUAUUGAUGACAUCAGACUUUCUCAGUUCUUUGGAACACACUACCAUUCAUAUUGUUUUGCCUACAGAAUUGUGUUCUUUUGUUACUGAAUCACAUAAAUAGAAUUUAUGGUCUCUCUGCAUAGAUUUUAAAUUUGUGGAAAGAGGCCCUUAUAUCCCUCUUUGUAACCACUAGGUAAAAUGUCAUUUGAAUAAUCAUGGAAAGAGCUGGGCUGCAUUAUAUUACUCAUAUUCUUCUUCCUCAUAGGGGUCCAUCUGUCACCGUUUUCCUUACUCUUCUACCUAGCUUCCCAAUUUUUUACUUUCUGAAGAGCAAUCACACAGAGGAAAACAAACUAAUCCUAUUUAUACAUAAUGAAAAUGGGACUCAAGUUUUAAAAUAGUGGUAGUAAAAACAAAUCCAGACCACCAAAAAUGUACUCAUUUCUAACUUUAGUCCCUGUUAGUUCAGUGAGUUGGACUACUCUGAGCACACCCAGAGUUCACUUUUAAUCCCACAGCUUUACAUAAACAUGCCUGGCUACCUUAAGGGUUUCCUUCCUUCCACACCUCACACCGGUGGUGACUGACUGAGCUUUGCACACACCUUGUACCAAUGUGUGAAUUUUCUGGGAGAAACAAGAUACAGCUUUUCCAAAGUUAUCAGUUGGAUCUUAUUUUUUACUAAGGCCAAAUAUGCUUGCCAACUUUUUUUUAAAAAAUGUGAUGUUGGUGUUUUUCAUGUCUGUUUAUAUACGUCUACGAGUUGAGCAAUGCCUCUUUUUCAAAACUCAGUAAAAAUUUGAAGUGCUACGCAUUA